AUGGUCGCUGACUGGGAGAGCCGCGCGAAAGCGAAGAGGGAGGCGAUCUUGAACUCCAUCCCGGAGGAAUGGCGUCUCAAGCAUGUCCCUUCUAGGGAAGAACAGAAAGACGUUACCGGCUACAUUCAACAGUUCCUGAGCAAGCCAGAAAUCCAAAUCACCGAGACUGACUCAGUCGGCCUUGCUGAGAAGAUUGCAACUGGCACAUGGUCCGCGGUUGAGGUCACCAAGGCAUUCUGCCACCGAGCUGCCCUGGCCCAUCAACUCGUCAAUUGCCUCCACGAGACUUUCUUUGAUGCUGCGAUCGCAUCUGCCAAAGCCCUGGAUGAAUACUAUGCCCAGCACAAAAAGACCGUUGGCCCGCUGCACGGUGUCCCUGUGUCAUUGAAAGAUCAGUUCCAUGUGGAGAAUGUGGAAACCACCAUGGGAUAUGUUGGAUGGAUUGGCACUUUUGAAGGCAAGCCAAAUGACCCCCGCCGUGGUAAAUUCGAGAGCGAAAUGGUUCGAGAGUUGAGAAACUUGGGAGCUGUUUUGUAUUGCAAGACAAGCGUGCCGCACACUCUCAUGAGUGGCGAGACCGUCAACAACAUCAUCGGCUACACUUGGAAUCCAAAGAAUCGUUACCUGGCUGCCGGUGGCAGUUCCGGUGGCGAGGGCGCACUCAUUGGUCUCAGGGGAUCCCCUGGAGGCUUUGGGACGGACAUUGGAGGCUCGAUCCGAAUUCCGGCAGCUUUCAAUGGACUGUACGGCAUCCGGCCCACGUCUGGAAGGAUGCCAUACGAGGGCAUGGCCAACAGUAUGGACGGCCAGAAUUCCGUCUUGUCUGUCGUCGGGCCGCUCGCCACUACUGCGAGAGCUGUGCGUCUUCUUACGAAGUCCAUAUUGUCCCAAAGUCCAUGGCUCUACGAUCCCUUGGUGGUCGACAUGCCUUGGCGAGACGCCGAAGAACAAGCCGUACAUGAGAUACUCAAGUCAACGGCUUCCAAGGGCCAGCUCACUCUCGCUGUCCUCAAGACCGAUGGCAUAGUUACUCCACAGCCGCCAGUGCAACGCGCCAUCACCCUAGUUGUGGAGGCUCUGACCAAAGCAGGACACAAAGUCAUCGAUUGGCAACCGCCCUCGCACAAGGAAAUCUUGGAUAUUACAACCAAGACCUGGGUGUACGACGGAGGAAAGGACGUGCAUAGCGCCUUUGGCCUGUCGGGCGAGCCAGUCUCGCCACAGAUCAAGUUGAGCUAUGGUGACAAGCCCAAAGAAGAGUUUACCGCUUCGGAAAUCGCAGCCAACAAUGUCGCAAAACGGGCAUUCCAGAAGGCGUAUAUUGACUACUGGAACAGCACCAUAAAAGAGACUGGGACCGGGCGACCGGUGGACGGCGUCAUCUCGCCAGUGGCUCCAUAUGCCGCGGCCAGACCAGAAAAGUACAACUACUAUGGUUACACCAUGUGGGUGAAUGGGCUGGACUACACCAGUGUCGUCGUGCCUGUGACAAUUGCCGACAAAUCCAAGGACAAGUAUGCCGACGGAUAUACGCCCAUCAGUGACAUUGACAAGCAGACCUUCGAGGACUAUGACGCCGAGAUGUACGAUGGCGCGCAUGUCAGCGUACAGAUUGUUGGCAGAAGAUAUACCGAGGAGAAGAUGCUUGCUAUUGGGGAGUAUGUUGGCGGGCUGCUUGGAAAAUAG